AUGCUGGUGCAGCAGCAGGGCGGUGCGGCGAGCAGCAGAGGCCCCUGGAGCGGCCGCGGCGUGUGGACGCCUGGAGCGUCGCCCGCCCGCUGCCACCGCCGCUGCCGCCGUGCUCUGGCAGCAAGGUCGGCAGCGCAGUCCCCGCAGGCCGCCCCGGAGCAGCCGCAGCAGCAGCCGCAGCAGCAGCAGCAGCGGCCGCCGCCGGCGAGCGCGACGGUGCAGCGGGGGCAGCCGCCGCCGGGCUACACGUCGCACACGCAGGCCCUCUACUCUUCCACCCCCGAUCCCAUCGUCAGCUUUGGCUUUGCCAAAGGCUUCAAGGACAAGUACGAGCUGGCGCAGCAGCUGGGCAGCGGCACGUUUGGCAUCGUUCACAUCGCGGUGAACAAGGAGACGGGGGAGAGGUUUGCUGUGAAGAGCAUGCCCAAGCGGUUUGCAUCCAACGGCAACCUGGAGCCCUACUAUGUGCGGCGGGUGCGCAACGAAGUGGACAUCUGCAACCACCUCGGCAGGUCCCUCAACGUCUGCUACCUGUAUGAGGUGUUUGAGGAUGAGAAGUGUGUGGACCUGGUGAUGGAGCUGUGCUCUGGCGGGGAGCUGUGGGACAAGAUCAAGCUGGGCUCCUAUUCCGAGAACGCGGCGCGGCGGCUGGUGCGGGAGAUUGUGAGGGCGGUGGCGCAGUGCCACGGCAUGAACGUGCUGCUGCGGGACAUCAAGCCGGAGAAUUUCAUGUUUUUGGACCGCGCCCCCGGCAGCCCGCUGAAGGCCAUCGACUUUGGCAUCUCCGUCUUCUGCCAGCCCGGGCAGUACAUCGAUGUACGGGCGGGCACCCCCAUCUACAUCGCCCCCGAGGUCCUGCGCAUGCACUACACGCUGUCUGCCGACAUCUGGAGCCUGGGCAUCGUGGCCUACCAGCUGCUGACGGGGCGGCUGCCCUUCUCCGGGGAGGAGGGGCAGGAGGUGUUCAGGGCGGUACUGUUUGCGGAGCUGGACUACGAGUCUCCGCCCUGGGACACGCUGUCGGACGCGGCCCGGGACUUUGUGCAGUCCUGCCUGCAGCGCGACGAGAAGCUGCGCCCCAGCGCAGAGCAGCUGCUGGAGCACCCCUGGCUGCAGGAUGAGCUGCACGUGUCGGACGCACCCUUCAGCGACACCAUUGUGCAGCGCCUGCAGCGCUUUGGCCUGUACGGCAGGUUCCGCCAGGUGGCCCUCAAGGCGGUGGUGCGCGGCAUGGCUGGCGACAGCGAGGCGCUGGCCGACAUGCGGCAGGCCUUCCAGAUGAUGGACACAGACCACGACGGCAGGGUGACCUACUCAGAGCUCAAGCAGGCCCUGCAGGACGGCCACUUCAGCCUGUCGGCGGGGGAGGCGGAGCAGCUGCUGGAGCAGGUGGACACGUACCACCGGGGCGAGAUCGACUUCUCCGAGUGGGCGGCAGCCAUGGCAGACUGGCGCUCGGUGCGUUUUUUUUCCGCAUCGGGACACGGCAGCUGCAAGCGGUGCCGGCUGCAGCCGCCGGCUUGCCCUGCUGGGCGGCCAGGCCCAGUGCUCAGCCGCUCGGCCGCUGCGCUGGGCAGUCCUGUGCCUCCUGCGCGUCCCCCCCUGUUGCGCCCCCACCCAUGCAGCCCCACCCGCGCCACGUCCCCUGCCUCUGCUGCCCUGCAGUUCAAGGCGGGCAACGACUGGGACAGGCUGGUGGCUGAUGCCUUCAAGAGCAUGGACCCCGACAACGACGGCCUGCUGUCGGGCGAGGACCUCGAGCGCCUGCUGUGCGGCGACGACGGCUGCGAGGUGCCGGGGCGGGGGAAGCGGGAUGGCGGGGCCGGGGCCGGGAUGGCAGGGGCACAGGGGGAACAGACGCGCAUGAUUGCAGUCGUAGGUGUGUGUGGGCAGCCACUUUGA